AGUCGUUACUGAAUUCUAGAGCAACGUGGUGCAAAUAGAACCCUCGCCGCCUCCUCUCCUCUCUCUUCCCAGAAUUGUGGCUUUUGCUCGGCUUCUCCGCGUAGCUCGCAAGUUUUUCCCUUUGCCAUCUGUUCCUCGUGCUUAGAUUCCCAACCCUAACCUCCUCAAUCUCCUAUCGUCCCCUUCAAUCAUAGUCGCCCCCGGUUCCUGAGCGUCGAAGACCCACACAUCGAUGUUUAUAUUGGAAAUCCGACUCCGGUCGCCGUCGCCGCCCCUAGGACAUCCGUGAAGCCCUCCUGUCAGUUCUAAAUUUCGCCUUUUAUUCUCGAAAGAAUAUUGCCUCUUUUCCCCGGUGGAUUUGCAGUUGCGGGAUUGUAAUCUUAGGGGAGGUGUGAGAUCACGAAUUAAAGUCUUUUUAACAAUCAAAAGAAUGUCGAGGUUUUUUGUUUUUCAAAUAAAAAGACAAAUUAACUAUUUUCUGGCAAAUUCUGAAGCAAGAUAUUCCACAAGUCCUAAGUUGUCCUCCACAAAUGGCUUACCUCUUCCAUGCAGAGUGUUUUCGCAGUCCAAGACGUUUGGUGGACAAAAUAAAAUAUUUGUGUUCUAUAAAGCUGAGGAAAAUAUCUACAGGAAUAACCCUUUGAGUAAACUCACUGUUAUUUCAACUAGAAAUUCUAUCUCAGAUUAUGGUCAAGCUGCCUGGAAAAGGUUCUUUGCAAUGUACUCUAGUAGAGGAAUCACCACUUCUGUCAGUAAGAUUGCUUGUGCUACAAGCUUAGCUAUCUCCAGAUCUCAUUUAGUUCCUACUUUGCUUGCCGUUUUUGCUGGAGAGAUGGCAUUUUCUAGGACAACAUGGGCAGAAGGGGAAUACUUUCCUCCUGGAAAUGCACUUUAUAUGCGUGCUCAAGAUAGCCAAAUUUUCCUCUCUUCAAUUGUUCUUCUUGUUUUGGAGUGUUUUGUUUUGUUAUACAGAACAAUCCAUUUGGCAAUUCUCUUCUCACCUAUCAUGGUAAUGGCUCCACUUGCUGACAGUUGUGGCACUCAGUUCAGGAAAAUGUGGAUUCAUCUUGUUCGUUCUACUUUGGAAAAAGCUGGUCCAGCAUUUAUAAAGUGGGGCCAAUGGGCUGCGACACGUCCAGACCUUUUCCCCAGUGACCUUUGUACUGAGCUGGCUAAGCUUCAUACAAAAGCACCUGAACAUAGCUUUUCCUACACAAGGCAAUCUGUAGAGAAGGCUUUUGGACGCAAACUUUCUGAUGUUUUUGAAAUCUUUGAGGAGGUACCUGUGGCUUCUGGAAGUGUUGCCCAGGUACACCGGGCUUCUUUGAAGAUACAAUAUCCUAGACAACGUGCAAAAUGCCUAGAUGUUGCUGUAAAGGUGAGACAUCCUGGUGUUGGAGAGUCCAUUAAGAGGGAUUUUAUGAUAAUUAAAUCAGUGGCCAAAAUUUCCAACUUCAUUCCUACUCUGAAGUGGCUGCGCUUAGAUGAAAGUGUACAACAGUUUGCUGUUUUUAUGAUGUCUCAAGUAGAUCUUGCGAGGGAGGCUGCACAUUUAAGCCGCUUUAUAUAUAAUUUCCGUAGGUGGAAGAAUGUAUCUUUUCCAAAACCUGUUUACCCUCUUGUCCAUCCUGCUGUUUUAGUGGAGACUUAUGAGCAUGGAGAAAGUGUCUCUCACUAUGUUGAUGAACUUGAAGGACAUGAUCGACUCAAAAGUGCUCUUGCCCAUAUUGGUACUAAUGCACUCUUGAAGAUGCUACUGGUGGACAAUUUCAUCCAUGCAGAUAUGCAUCCGGGCAAUAUUCUUGUUCGAGCACAGACAGAGAACUCAAACAAACGACUUUUCAAAUCAAAGCCUCAUGUUAUCUUUCUUGACGUAGGUAUGACCGCAGAGCUUUCUGGUAGCGACCGUGUAAAUCUGCUCAACUUCUUCAAGGCUGUUGCUCUUCGAGAUGGGCGUACUGCUGCAGAGUGCACUUUAAGGUUGUCAAAGAAUCAGUGUUGUCCAAACCCAGAUGCUUUCAUUGAGGAAGUUGAUAAAUCCUUCACUUUCUGGGGCUCAAGGGAAGGAGAUGCUGUCCAUCCAGCUGAAUGUAUGCAUCAAUUACUAGAUCAAGUACGUCGUCACAAAGUCAACAUUGAUGGAAAUGUUUGCACUGCGAUGGUGACGACUUUAGUUCUAGAGGGUUGGCAGCGUAAACUAGAUCCAGAUUAUGAUAUCAUGAAGACACUACAAAAAUUAUUGUUUAGAUCUGAUUGGUCUCAAUCACUCCAAUAUACAAUUGAAGGGAUCAUGGCUGCAUAGCCAAAGAUCAUCCUUUACGUUUUUAAUUCUUUGAAAGAGAGAAAGAAAAGGUUUUGACAACAUUAAACUUGGAAUGCAAAUCCCAAUGUGAGGACUCUUUCAGUCAUUUUCGAUUUGGUCAAAAUGGUAUCGAAUUCACUGAAAGGGACUACUCCAUAGAAUUUGCAUUAUAAAAUUUGACAUACGAAUUCAUGGCUGGUGCUCACUUCAAUUUUGUUGUUACCCUCUGCAAAAUGUUUUGUUGCAGAGUUAUGAUCUGCAUUUUCAUUAAUGGUUUAAGGGAAGUGAACCCCGUCAAAUUGUUUUGUUGCAGAUUUGUCAUCUGCUUUUUUUGUUAAGGUGGAAAUGAGGCAUAUUGACUA